AUUUGAUGUUUCUUCCGUCAUAACAACACACAUACAUACGGGUACGCACGGGCUGCGCAUAAGCUUUGCUUUCUUUACGCACUGGUGAAUUUGGAAAAAAAGUCCUACCAGACAGAGAGUGGUUCCAUCGUGCUUGUCUUCUUGGUGUGAUUAAUUUCUUUUUACCACACAUUGUUCGGUGUACCUUUUGUUCAUUUUGAUGUGUACGAAAGACAAGUGCGAGCAAACUCUUCUUGCAGCAAAGGUGUCCCUUUUUUCUGAUUCGAACGCAACUAAUUAAGGCGGAGAAACAUUUGCAUUCAUGUUGGGAACGCUGGCGGUCCGCUGACCGACUGGGGGUGUUAUAAAUGUUGACCCAGCGAGAAAAAACUGUGGUCUCUACUGCCGUCAUAGCUGCCGUCGGUGUCGGUGUCCUGUUCGUACUAUCACGCUACCGCCGUGGCAUUAUGAGCCGGCUGAGGGCACUGAACCAGCGGGAUCCACUCCGAGGACAGCAGGUGCACAUCAUCAACACGACCGAUGACUGUCGCAUGAUUGUGGAGAAACUGCAAAGGCACUGUCAGGAGUACAAUGUGCUAGGAUUCGAUUGCGAAUGGGUCAGCUAUCAGGGGAAGAGACGACCGGUAGCACUGCUACAACUUGCCUCGCACCGUGGCCUCUGCGCACUGAUACGGCUGUGCAUGAUCAACAGGAUACCGCAGGAGUUAUACGAUCUUCUAAAUGAUGACAAUAUUAUCAAGGUAGGGGUGUCCCCGUACGAAGAUGCGCGCGUACUACGGGAAGACUAUCGGCUAAAGGUGGAAAGUACGCUCGAUUUGCGGUACAUGGCCGAACGGACAGGACUGGAACCGCUCGGUAUAGCGCGACUAGCCAACGAGGUGCUGGGAAUUACGCUUGACAAACAUUGGAAAGUUCGUUGCUCCGAUUGGGAAACGCCAGAGCUCUCCGAUCGGCAAAUGAAGUACGCCGCCAGCGAUGCACACGUGGCGGUGGAGCUGUUUAAAAAGCUUUCGUACAAACUAGUCCCACAUUACCCAUGGACAAGCCGAAAGGUAGUGCUUGAACAGGUUCUGGAGGAAAUGGAUUGUUUCAUGGACCAACCGCACAACAAUCGUCGGGCAAAACCGGGCGGAAGCUCCAAAUCGAAGAAGCUACUCGCACCCCAAAAUCAUCAGAAGGCGAACAAACGAUACCAUUCAACACGCACGAAGCCACUGUAUCACAACUGUUUGAUGCAGGCUCCCGAUGGUGAGCUGCUGUGCACAUGCGAUCGACGCAAGGCGGAAUGGUACGUUCAGCGGGAACUGAGUGACCUUGUGAGCGAGAAUCCGUACACCGUGCGGUUGCGUUUCGAGCCGGCCGGUCGGGCAGUUGAUGAGCCUGGGAAGUACUAUCUGCAGGCGAAGGAAAACAUAUGCGUGGUGUGCGGGGCAAAAUCAAGCUUCAACCGCAAGAAUAUUGUCCCGCGGGACUAUCGUAAGCAUUUUCCUGUAAUAAUGAAAGAGCACGUUUCGCACGAUGUGUUGCUGCUGUGUGCUGACUGUCACCAGCGAAGCAGCAUUUGCGAUGAUCGGCUGCGCCAGGAGCUGGCCGAGUUGUGUAAUGCACCUUUAGCUGGUCAAAAAAAUGGCUCCAAGGAGAUUCGCAUUGAGUCUAUGGCGGAAAUUCGGAAGGCAGCAAGAGCUUUGUUGAACAGUGCAGCAAAAAUUCCUCCCGAACGGAAGCAAGUUCUCGAGGAACGGUUGCUGUCGUUGCUGAACAGUUUGGGAAGCGAGGGAGAUUCGGUUUCGUCCGAAACACCAACCGGACCGCAAAUUACGGAGCUUACACAGAACUUACUGGAGGAGUACAGUAACAUCGAUAUAUCGGUUCGCAAUGAGCUGUACUGUGCGCACGGCGAGCGUGUGGUAGAACACUUCAAAAAGACCCCGGGAGGUUUGAUGCAGCUGGAGCGCAGAUGGCGGGAAAAUUUCCUGCACACAAUGCGUCCGAAGCAUCUGCCACAGCUGUGGUCGGUAGAUCAUAACUACAAACGAUUGGAAAUCCGUGCCGUCGAAGGGAGGGUGAAUGUGGAAGAUCUCGCAAUUGCCGGCAUCAGUCUUAACUCGUCACCUUCGACUUCGGCAACCUACUCGAGCCGAUCGUACAGUUACUCGAAUAAUACACACACGAACGGGAGCCGUACGUACAGUGGCAUCGGUACCACCGAUAAUCCCGCAACAUCGACCCGAUUCUACUCGAAUGUGCAAUCGCAAAGCACUAACGGGGAGACCGGAACUAUAACGGGCGGUUCGCCCUACACAACACAGUACAAAUCCAUUGCUCAGCCGCGGCCACCCGAUGGCCGAUGGGUGAUGGGAGCGGAUGAUACAAUGUCGGACGAUCCGACACUGUUUAAAACUGUCCACAACCAACCGACGCUACCGUACUAUAACGAACCGGGAGCAGUCGGGUCGUUUCUGCAGGCAGACAGUGAACCGGCUACCGAGCGAGAUUUUGCUUCGCUUCAACUCACCUACGAUAGUGACGAUUCUAACUCGACCCUUUCGCAACCAUCGUCCACACUGCUAAACUCUAACGGUGUGUUCCCGGACGAGGAGUACGACGAUGUGGAGGAAGGCGUUCCGAACAACGGUGGGGAGCAGGACGAGGAUGCCGAUGAGCGUAGCUUGAACGCGGUUGACAGUCUAGCCACCGAUAGUUCUUCCUCGUCUAAUGCGGCCAGGGUAAAUCAGAGCGAAAAACAAACUGCUGUAAGCGGACACAAGAUGGCUUGAUAGACGGACCAGUGAGAACCGUGAGGAAACUCCGAUAGAGGCAAUAUAUUUUUGAACCGAAGCGAACCGAGAACCACUAUCACAACAAAGGAUGGUACAAACAUCUUAACAAUGCGACCGUUUCACACAAAUGUAACAAAUAACGAAAACUUAUGAAUUAUAAUCAGCGUUGGUUGUAAACCACAAAACUACAAA